AUAAUUAACGCGAGACACAUGAUAUCCACCAGGUUAGUAUACGCGAUACGGGCCACCAACCCACCUAACCUAUCUAAACCCUAGGUAUUUAAACACCUUAACAUCUUCAUCUCCUCAUUUCUUUCCAUCUCCUUAAAACCUAGCCCCCAUAACUCCUUCUUCUCUACACAACACACACUCCUCCUUCUUCUCUACACAACACACACUCCUGAGUAUUCUAGAAAGAGAGACCGAGACACAGGUUAGAGGAGGAGAUCGUUGGCCGACCACAACCAUGACGGAGCCACGACGACUCGUGGUGGAUCCGCCACUAUGACGCCGUGGGUGUGGGGUGACGGCGGAGGUUACGCGGCGGCGGUUAGCGGCGGGGUGGACGGUGGCAGUCGGCGGACUGCUGGUGGCAGCGUGGUGAGACACCCGAUGGGCGGCGACACAGGGGAACAACAUCAUCAGAAGCCCAGUGGUAGAAGGGCAGGGGAAGGGGUGCUCAAUGGCGUUAUGAUGGUGACGCAGGGGUGGUACUGCGUGACAACUCAAGGCAGGGAAGAGCGGUGACAGCGGCAAGGGGUUUUAGGGACUCGACGAGGUCCGAGGAUCCAUGUGAACUCCUGAUCGAAUAUAUGGCCGAGACCGUGGUGUUGGGGCUGACGAGUACCGCAGCUGAAGGUGGUGGUUGUGCUUGUCAUCCAGUGGUGUCCGGGAGUUAAAUUAGCAAAUCGAAGGUUUCGUUUGGUCAUUUGUUAGAUCGGUCAUACCCAGUCAAACGUCGGUUCUCGGUCAACUCAGUUUUGAGUGGUCAAAGUUUGGUCAUAGCGGUCAACAACGGUUAACGGGUCAGGCUUGAUUAGCGCGUAGUUCGAGGCGUGUGUGUGUCGGUUUGGUUAAUUUCCCGGUUCACUAACGAGGUAUUGGAAGGUUUGAAACGUCAAAAUGAGGAGUGACAUAAUUCAAGCAGUUGCAGGGACGGUCCAAGUAGCUGCUGGUUCGAUCGAAGCUGUUUCGGGUGUAGCUAGUGCUGCUGCAAGUUUGACGAGCCUGGCAAUCACGAGUCUUAAUGAAUAUCAAAAAUUGGAAAUAAGUCAUUCUUGUAUGAUAGCAAAGAGGGACAAACUAGAAGAUAUCCAUUGUAAAUUACAAGAUCAAUUACGGACUUAUUGAGUUCCACGGAAGCAGUGUGAUAGGUGGUCCAGUGCAGUGAAAAGUACCUUUGCUCAAGUAGCUGCACUCAAAGGCGAGUUUUCAAAUUUUAAGCAGACUUCGGGUAUAAACUUUGCAGCUCGCUCAACUUUGACAAACUCAAUUGAUGAAAAGUACAAAGGAAUAGACGAAGUUAUAAAAGAGGGAAAAGAAUUGGAUGUUGCCAUAAAAAACAGAGAUAUAGAUCGUUAUAUUAAGUGGUGUACACCAGUUAGUAUAGCAAGUUGAAUCACUCAAGGAAAACUUUUAGCGGCUAUUAGUGUAUGUGAAAGAUGAAACAUUCAAUACAGUCCGAGUGCAAGGUCAUAUAGGGACAGGGAAAACAGUACUAAUCCAACAUCUGAACAAUCGAGAAGAUGAUCAUCAUAUGUUUCAUAUAGUUAUUUGGAUACCAGCUUCCGAUUUUAAAAAUCAGGACAAAAGAAAGAGUAUAGAGGUUGAAAUUCAACGUUGCAUUGCUGACAGAUUAGGAAUAUGCAUUAGCGGUAUCAAAGAUGAGGAGAAUAUAGCAAAUAAAAUACGUGCAGAGUUGGAUGGUGCAAAAUAUUUGUUGUUAUUGGACGAUGUCAAGGUAAAUAUUAAUCUUGAGAAAAUAGGUAUACCACCGAAUACACAAGGUAGUAAAAUAGUCUACACAACAAAUUUCGGAGUGUAUCCAUUUGGUAUACCCCCGGAUCAUGAAUCCUUCACUCUAACUAUGAAAAGGUUAAGUGAUGGUGAUUCAUGGCAAAUAUUUGAAGAUAUUGUGAGUAAGGAGAAUGUUUUACUUCUACAACGUGAUAUUAAAGCCAUUGCUCGGCAAGUAGUUGAUUGUUGUGAUGGCCUUAUGUCUAUCAUUAUAAUUGUAGCAGAUAACUUCAAAUUAAGAGAUUGUCUUGAAAGUUGGUCCAAUGGUUUGGAAAUGUUAAAAAGACCACCUAUGAAAGAAGACAUACCUAUGGAAGCUCUAAAGAAAUUCUUGAACUUCAGUUAUGGUAGUCUAACAGAGAACGAACAGAUAUACUUUCUUUUUUGUGUGUUGUAUCCAGAAGACCACAAAAUUCCAAUAGAUUGCUUAUUCGACUGUUGGGCAGCUAAUAAUCUUCUUCAAAAAGGCGUUCCAGGGAAACAAAUAUUGGGUCGUCUUUUAAAAAUGGCUUUACUUAAUGAAUGUUCAAAUAAGCAAUAUGUUACCGUUGACAACGUAUAUAGAAAAGCAGCAAUGAAGAUCUUGCGAGAACAUGGUCACCUCAAAUGUUUAGUAGCACCAGAAGCAAACACAAAACUACAAAAAGAUGAUUGCAAAGAUAUACAUUGGAUCUCUUUGGCCAAUAGCGGAAUUGAUGGUUUACCUACAGAGGUAGAUUGUCCAAAUCUUACAACACUUUUUCUACAAAACAACUCAAAGCUUAAAGCCAUUUCAAGUUCAUUUUUUAGGAAUAUUGGCAAGUUGCUUGUCUUGGACCUUUACAAGACAGGAUUGGAAUCCGUGCUCCCUAUGAGCCAUAUGCAAAUGCUUAAAGUGCUCUAUGUGAAUUCUUGUGCAAUGUUGAAGGAGAUUCCUUUUAAAAUAUAAGGUGCUGAUAAUAGGCUUGAAGUUGUCGAUAUACGUGGUUGUGUAUUCAGUGAGAUACCACAUGAUAUCAAAAAGUUGAAGCAUUUGAGGCGAUUGUUAGUGUCUAUUGAUUGUGGCCGUACUCUUGGUGAUCUUAACACAACUGAACUCUCUUCGUUGAAAGAGUUGAUCAUAUAUGUGAAAUCAGAUGUGGUCCACGUAAAUGUAAAAGCACGCAAGACAUGGUGCUAUAAGGUGAUAAAAGAUAUCUUAGAGAAAAUUGACCCUUCAGAAGAAUUAACCACACUUAAGUUUCACUUUGAAAAUUCCAUUGUAGAUAUCAUUGAAGUAUUGUGUGAUAGAUUAAAAAUUUUCGUACCAAAACAAGGCAGCCUUAAACACAUUUGGAAGGAAAGACGAAACAAGCACUUCACUGCACAAGUUUAUAUUGGUUUGGAAAUGACUUCAUCCCUUCAAAUUCCAGAGUUUUUCCCUAAUACCAGCUUUGUACUAUCUUGUGAUAAGAUAGUUAGUGACACUGUAAUUGAUGAGGUUAUGGGUAAGGUAAAAGCUCUCAGCGUGAUGAGAGCUAAUUCCAUGGAUAAUUUAGACCAAAAUGCGACCUCGAGCAGUGACGUCAUUCAUGAUUGUUUGAUUCAUAAAUGUGACAACAUUGAAACCUUUAUGAAAAUUGACGGCUUCUCUAAUCUUAAGACUUUGGUUCUAAGCGAAUGUUCUCAACUGAAAGCAUUGUUCUCAAAUAAUGUAGCUCAACAAGUUGGUAUCAAGCACUUGGAGAUAAGAGAUUGCCCAACUAUUGAAGAAAUUAACAUGUUAUCAACUAGUUGCGGUGAUAUUUUACCAACACUAACAACCCUCAUAGUUCACAAUCUACAUAAGCUAGAGAAAAUAUGCUCGGAUAUGAAGUGGCCUUCCAUGAGUACCUUGGAAAUAUACAAAUGUCCAAUGCUAAUGACACUGCCUCUUAACGGAAACAAUGCAAACAAUUUGCGUAACAUUAAAGUUGAGGAGAUGUGAUGGGAGACGCUGCAAUUGGAUCAUGAGAUCAAACAGAAAUUCGAGCAAUACUGUGACUUUAGUGUCCAGUUUGUUUGUUUGAAGGAUGCUGCUGCAAGUAUUUUCUUUGGUGUGCGGUGAAGUCCAGUUUGUUUGAAGGAUGCUGCUGCAAGUAUUUUCUUUGGUGUGCGGUGAAACUAAUUUUGUUGAUUCAAAGUUUCAUGUUGGCUUCUUUUGGAUCUCAAAUCAGCUUUCAUAUAGACACUCCGUGCUUCCUAAACAUAAUAACUUCUAUGAUAUAUGACUUCUGUUUGUGUUGUGAGUUAACGUUGGCACGAUGCAUACCUGAUAUUAUGUUUGUCAAAGUUGUUUGUUUGAAACGGAUUUUUGAAUUCAAAGUAUGUGAUUGUCGUAUUUUUUUUCUUAUCAAAAUAUUGAGAUUGGUACUCGUGUUA